GUUGUGAGCAGCCUUGGCCCGCAGAUCCGCCGCCUACUUUGUGUGUGCGUGUUGAUGGGUUGGUCACAUUGCCCCUUCUCAGCAAUCAACUUUGCACAGGCCCGCCUAACUGUGGAUGUGGGUUUCAUGCUUAGCCGGCAAGAGGCCAACAAAUCCACCAUGCGCAAUUCAGUUCAAUACGUCAUGGCGGAUUCAUCUGUGCAGGGUGAUGCUGUGUCCCUGGCUGAUUUUGCUAAGAGCGUGUUUUCGUUCACGACUGACCAGGGGCCUUUUGAGGUCAUAGAGGAACAUGCAUGGGCUCCGCCGCCAGAUGCGGCUGCUUUGCAUCAUGCUGCGCAGAUUGACUUGUCUGCGUCCGUUGGAAUUCCCGGCAUGCUGCUGAGGCGACACGGUUCCAGGGAACGCCUCCUGCAAACAUGCUACAAUGACCCCACCGGGAGAGUGCUGCAAGCAUCCAUUCGCAAGUUCCAUGCAAAGGUGAAUGUAGGGCGCUGGGGCAGUGUUGCUGAAUGUGUCAAGCAAUUGCUUGAACUUGAGCCAAUCCUGCGGUGGGGCUGGGACAUGUCCAAAUACGGGCAGGCCAGGCAUGAUGCGGCAGAGGGUAUAGGUGUGGAUAUACGGGUGGUUGACGGUGCAAUAACCUGCGCCAAUUUCUGGGGUUAUCUCCGAAUGCUAUCCUCCUUGACUCGUAUGGUGCAGGCAGCAUUAACUUGGUCGGAGUCAUGCAUCUGCCACGGUCAGCUGGAUUUUCGAGAGUUGCCACCAGACGUCCGGCAACAAUGGGCAAGGUGUCCACUAAGAGGUUGCAGGGCUCCAGAACUUGCAGCCGGCGAGUUCAUGACUGUUUUGCGCCAAGUCUCCAGCAGUAGCCUUGCUCAUUUCAUGACCACACUUCCACGUGACAUCGAUGCUGCAGCUAGGGCUUCCUUGCUAGAUGAGUAUCAGCGUGGUAAGUCCCACCUGUUAUUUGUGCUAUCCAUGCGUCUGCAGCAUUGGCGGGUUGCGCCUUGGUCAAUCUUCGGAUGUGCUCACUUGAACACUAGAACCUCCAAAGACUUCGUUCGCCGUAGUUUGGGGCUGGCUUCACAACACCCGCUUGUGCUUGAAUUUCAGACUGGAGAGCUGGCAGAGCAGGCUAACCAUUACUUGGCUGAAGGGAGCAACUUGAAGGAGCUUCCAUUGCUGUCGCAGUUCUUUUCAAAGCUGCUGUUUUGCCCCAUCGCAGAACGACCUGUGGAGGGCGACCAUGCUCAGGUGCACAAGAGGAUUGCUCUGGCCAGAAAUCACACGGCCGCGUAUGUGAGCAUGAUGCCGCUCAUUGAAUCCGCGGUGGACAACAACCCUUCCUUCCUGAAGGAUGCAGCAGUGACAGGACGUUCCAUGGAGGGUGGACAGCAGGAUCAGCAGGGUGGGGGGUCUGGGGGGUCAGUUGAACAACUUGAAUGUACUGAUUCCGCCAUGGUGCCUGCAGCUUCAAGUGUUGCGCCUCACGAGUCUGCAGUCACACAGCCUGUCUUGGAUGCUCUUGCGCGCCUGGAGAACGCAGAGGCAGAGGCUUUAGCUGAAGGUGUUGCCAAGGCAUUUGAUGGUGCAAUUGCCGAUGUGUUCAAAUCGCAUGUUCAGAAAAGCUUGACGACAUUGUUGGAAGAAGGCAGCGAGGGCAUCAAAAGUUCUUUGGAGGGUCAGGUUCUGUCAGCGAGAUUGACCCCGGCAGUUCUUGAGACUCUGACUUUCCUACGCGAUGACGUGGUAGGGUCUGGGAUUGAGUCAGCAGCUGGGAUAGGAACGGCCAUUGCCAGGUUGUCCCGUGGAGGUUGGACCUUUUUCCAAUUGGUUCGGAAGGGGGUUUCAGACAUUGUGACCCCUUUGAAUCUUCGGCUUGUGUUCAAUAAGUCAGACUGGGCUAUUCAGCCAAUGGCAGUUCUUGCUGGCAACAAGCAUUCUCAGACAAUGACAGUCUCCUCAGUAGACGACGCCCGUAAUGUCGUUUUGUGCCUGGAUGCCUUGCCUUUGGAAGUGUUGCUACGUUUGUACAAGUGGGAAACACAGCCUGAGCUGCAGUACUUGUUGCCGGAGGUUUCCUUGUUCGAGUCGUUGUCCAAGCCUGAUGCAGAUGCAGUGUCCAAAGCCUUGCCUGUGCUAUUGGCAGACUUGCUAGCAGAGGGUGGUUUCUUCUUGCAAGGAGGAGACUCUGACUUUAAAGUGAAGUCCAGCAUGUUGCAAGCAAUGCAGGCGCAUGAGCUUGUUUGCUGCAGCGAGGGCCGUGCUUGGCAAUUGACAGAGAGAGGGAAGAAUUCUGUCAAGAUAGGGCAAGUGGUUGGCAACUACAAACGUGUUGUGCGACCUCGUGACAUUGCUCUUGUAGACAUGGAGGUUGCUGAGUUGAUGCUUACUCUGCACACGCAAGGGUGGAGACAUGAGAUGGUCCACCCGAAAAGAUGCACUGCUGAACCUUACGUGUUUGAAACAGGCGCCAAAGUGUGGUAUCAUGAUGUUGGCAAAGAAUCUGUCAGCAAGCAAUACCUUUUGUUGCUAGCAACUGCUGAGGAGCACAAACGCCCAGUGCCUCAUUUUGCAUCGCAGCGUGUGUGUGACGAGCUGUUGGGCAAGGAGUCGGCGUCAAGGCCCCCCUUGAAGCGCAGCGGCGACAAGCUUGUGUUCUUAGAGAAUGAUGAGCUAUGGGUAGAUGAAUCCACACUUGCGCCUUUAAAGAAGAAGAGACAGGUCCGGAGUUCCAAGGCCACGAAGCAGCUUGUUUGCCCUUUGCAUGAUGAAGUGCUAGAUGGCUUUCCCGAAGCUGUCAACACCAUGGAGCCCAGUCUGGGGGCUGUGCAGGAAGAUGAUGUGAAUGAUGAUGCAGAUGGUGUUCAUGUUGAGCCUGGCAAUGAGCAAGUGCAGGAAUGUCAAUGUGAGCCAACACCGUCGCCGGCAGAGCUUUUGUCACAGCAGGCAGGUGAUGCUGCCAACAUCAGCAGUUGUGACUCUAGCAGUGACUCUAGUUCUGAGUCUUCCGCUAGCUCAAGCAGCAGUAGCAGUAGCAGUAGCAACUCAAGCGCAGCGCCAAAGGCUAAAGCUAAGGCAUCCAAGGCGGCCAGUAGCAAGCACAGGACCAGGAACAUGAGCUCCUCUGUGAUGUGGGGGGCAUGCAGGCUCACGCCCACGAAGGCAGGUUGGCAAAUAACGUGUGCCCGCCCAAAUCACAACCCGGUUGGGGCAACAGCGCUUUGCACUAAGACCCGAUCCAAUGCAAUCUCCAGUGAGGCAGAUGCGUUGAGAAUGUUGAAGUGUUGGGCUUUGUGGGGCAGGACAGCCCCCACCAAGGAUGCCCAUCGCGACGUUUGGAAGAGAGUUACCAGGGCUCUCAAAAACAACACAUUGCCCAGCAUGCAGGAUCUUGAUUCCAACCCAGUGCAAGAUUACCCAGACUAG